AUGCACACCUUUCUGUUACUGUGUUCCCUCCUUCUCUGCAAUGGUGUAACGGUGUCUGCACAGAAAAGAAUCCAGAAGCUCCCUAAUGAAGAGGAAGAAAGCCCGGUUCAGAUACGGACCCCGCAGACUCUCUCUCGAGGCUGGGGAGAUGACAUUGAAUGGGUGCAGACAUACGAAGAAGGUUUAGCACGAUCAAAACACAGCAAGAAGCCACUGAUGGUUAUUCACCACUUGGAAGAGUGUCCUUACAGCCAAGCUUUAAGGAAAGCAUUUGCUUCUAGCCUAGAGAUCCAGCAGAUGGCUCAGGAGGACUUUAUCAUGCUCAAUCUGGUGCAUUCCAGCAGCGAUGACAACAUGGCGCCUGAUGGCCAUUACGUCCCUCGGAUCCUCUUUGUGGAUCCUUCAAUGACAGUUCGAGCUGAUCUAACUGGCAAAUAUGGGAACAGGAUGUACACUUACGAACCAGAAGAUAUUUCGACCUUGAUUGAAAACAUGAGACAAGCGAAGCUGCUUCUGCACACGGAGCUCUGA